AUGGCUAUUCGCAUUUUGGUUAUGCUAGUUUUUGUAUCCUUUUUGUCAAUGCAAGAAAUUCUUGCACAAAAUAAUUUUCAUAAUUUCUAUAACUAUUUAUGGGGAUCCAAUCAUUUCUCUGUUAAUCCUCAAGGAACUGAAGUUCAACUCUUGAUGGAUAAGUCCUAUGGAGCUGGAUUUAGGUCAAAAUUGGACUAUGGGUCAGGGUUGUUUCACAUAAGGAUGAAGAUACCAGAGAAGAAAACAGGAGGAAUAGUUACAAGCUUCUAUUUAACUUCCGCACCAGACAACAACCAGGACCCGGGAAAUCACUAUGAACUCGACUUCGAGUUUCUGGGCACCAACGGCACGGUCCAAACCAAUGUGUAUAACAAUGAUCGUGGCAACAGAGAGCAAAGCUUCAAUCUUUGGUUCAAUCCUUCACAAGAUUUCCACACUUAUGAAAUUCUAUGGAACUCUCGCCAGAUAGUAUUCUUGGUGGAUUAUAUCCCGAUAAGGGUGUUCAACAACAACAAUGCACGCGGAAUAGACUAUCCAUCGAAGCCGAUGCAUGUUGAAGCAAGUGUAUGGAAUGCAGAUUGGUCAGGAACUGUGGAUUGGAGCCAAGCUCCAUUUAUUGCUCGUUUUCAAGAUUUUGGGUUCAAGGCUUGCCCAGCCAGCCUCGGGGCCCGCUGCAACAGAUUAAACUAUUGGCAGUUUGGACAGGGGCAGUUACAAAAAAUGCAGCAGUAUAGAAGAUUGUACAUGACUUAUGACUACUGUGCUCAACCUUAUACUGCCAAGCCAGAAUGUGCAUUCAAUAAUAAGUGAAGGGAUUUCUUCAACUCCUACACAAAGCUAUUUUAAUGGGUUUUUUCUCCACUAAAUUAGUUGUAA